AUGGGUGAUUUUAAUUCCUAUCUUUAUAAUAGUGAUAAAUAUGGUGGUUCUCAACCUAAUUUUGCUGCUAUGAAUAUGCUUGCUGAUUUUUUAGAUAAAUAUAAUAUGUUUCCUCUUCCUUUCAUUGACAAAAAAUUUACAUGGACUAAUAAUAAUGUUUAUGAAAGACUAGAUUGUUGGCUUACUGAAUCUUCUUUCUUUGACACUGUUCAAAAUUCUUGGUUGCCUUCAACCUUUGACCAUGAUGAUCACUCUAACCCUCUUUCUUCUUUUUCUGAAAAGCAAUUUAACUGUACAAAUUCUCUUAAAAGUUGGAAUGAAGAUAACUUUAAAUCUAUCGAGUCUAGGAUUUCUAGUUUACAAGAUAAGAUAUCUAACUUGCAAUCUGUGGUGCCUCCGAAUGUUGAGACUCCAAAUAAGAUUAAAACUCUUCAAUCACAGUUAGAUGUGUUGCUUCUUAAAGAGGAAAUCUACUGGAAACAACGAGCUAGUGUUUUUUGGCUAAAUUUUGGAGAUAAAAAUACUAGAUUUUUUCACAAAUAUGCUACUAAUAGACGUAGGACUAAUCAUAUUAGAUACCUAACUUUAGAUGAUGGUGCUAAAGUUGAUACUUUUAAAGAUAUUAUAAAUAAUAUACUCUCAUACUUCUCUAAUCUCUUCUCUACUCAAGGUGUUGAUCCAGAUGCUUUAAAUGUUAUUCUUUUUGGUCUGAAUCAACACAUUUCUAUUAACCACUAUCAGAUGUUGGAUCAACCUUUUACUCCGGAGGGAGUUAAAACUGCUCUUUUCCAAUUGUCUGGAGACAAAGCCCCUGGCUUUAGACAGUUAUAA